UAAUCCGCCACUGCUCUCAGUAGUUUCAGGCGAACACUCAAAUAAUUGAGAUGCCCACCGGACACCACCGCGAGGAGAAGACGAUAUGGUAAAUCUGCCCGCCCAAAUCAGCCGCCUCUUAAUCCUACGGCGCUUUGACGCCCUCAAAAGCCUUGGCUUCACCUUCUCAGAUCAGCUUGUGGACGCCGUACUAAAGGAUCUCAAGCUACACGCCGUUUCCGCCCUUCAUUUUUUCAACCUUGCCUGCAAGCAGAAUUACUUUAGACCCCAUUUCAAAUCCUACGUCAAGAUCAUCCACAUUUUAUCUAAUGCCCGAAUGUUUGAUGAAGCACGGUUCUAUCUACGUGGCCUUGUGGAUAUCACGGAAGGCAACCGUCUUCCGGUUGCUUUGGUUUUCGAUGAAUUGGUUACUGUUUAUAGGGAAUUUAAGUUUUCUGGAACUGUUUUUGACAUGAUGUUGAAAGCGUAUGUGGAGAAGAGGUUGGUUAAAAAUGCCCUGUACUUGUUUGAUAAUAUGCCUAAGUGUGGUCGCUUGCCGAGCUUGCGGUCUUGUAAUGGACUUUUGAGUAGUUUAGUGAGAAGUAAGGAUUUUCAUGCGGUUAGCUGUGUUUACAACCAAAUGAUCAGAGUUGGAGUUGCUCUGGAUGUGUAUACUUGUGCAAUAGUGGUGGACGCCUACUGUAAGGAUGGUCGGGUUGCUAAAGCAGUGGAGUUUGUGGAAGGCUUGGAGAGGAUGGGAUUGGAACUGAAUGUUGUGGGCUAUAAUAGUUUGAUCAAUGGGUAUGUUGAGAAUGGGGAUAUGGAGGGGGUGGAAAAAGUGUUGGGUUUAAUGAGUCAACGAGGAACUUCCAAAAAUGUGGUUACCUUCACAUUGUUGAUCAAAGGUUAUUGUAAGACUGGGAAAAUUGAUCAAGCAUAUGGAGUAUUUACACGAAUGAAGGAAGAGAAAGGAGACACUCUGGUUCUGGAUGACAAGGUGUAUGGAGUUUUAAUUUGUGGACUUUGUCGUGCUGGAAGAAUGGAUGAUGCUUUGGGAAUUAAGAAUGAGAUGUUGGGUCUAGGUUUGGGUAUGAAUUUGUUCAUUUACAAUUCUUUGAUUGACGGUUAUUGCAAACUUGGUCAACUUCGUGAAGCAGAGCAAGUUAUGAUGAGUAUGGUUGAAGGGAACUUUAAGCCAGAUGGUUAUAGCUACAAUACGCUGUUGGAUGGUUAUUGUAAAAGAGGAUUGAUAGAUGACGCUCUCAAGUUUUGUCAUCAGAUGACCAGGGGUGGUGUACAUCCAACAAAUGUAACUUAUAAUACCCUUCUAAAGGGUCUAUGCGAGUAUGGUGAUGUGGAUGAUGCUUUGCGUCUUUGGCAGUUGAUGCUCAAGAGAGGUUUUGUUCCUGAUGAGGUUGGAUUUAGUACCCUUCUCCAUGGUCUUUUCAGGAGGGGAGAAUCUGAUAGGGCUUUGAUGUUGUGGAGACAUGUUCUAGCGAAAGGCUAUACAACAAGUACGAUUCUACUCAACACAAUGCUUGAUGGAUUAUGUAAAAUGGGAAAGAUGAUAGAAGUGGAGCAAACUCUUUUAAGGAUGAAGGAACUGGGUUGCUCACCAGAUGAGGUAACUAAUAGAACCUUAAUUGAUGGGUAUUGUAGAGUUGGAGAUGUUCAAAGAGCUUUCGAAAUUAAAGAUAGCAUGGAUAUAGAGGGAGUUCCUGCUUCCAUUGAAAUGUAUAAUUCGAUUAUUAACGGAUUAUUUAGAGCAAAGAAAUCAAACAAAAUACCUGACAUGCUUUCUGAGAUUCAUGCAAAAGGACUAAGCCCUAAUAUUAUUACCUAUGGAGCCCUUAUCACUGGUUGGUUAAAAGAAGGAAACCUGAAGAAAGCUUUUGAUGUGUACUUUGAGAUGAGGGGAAAAGGAAUUGUCCCAAAUGUUUAUGUAUGUAGUACAAUUAUCAGCGGACUGAACAAACUUGGUCAGAAUGAUGAUGCAAACAUGUUACUGCAGAAAAUGGUAGAUUUAGAUGCAAUCCCAAACCUUAAACCUUUCUAUAAUUGUUUUAACUUCAAUGCCAUCCAGAAAGAAACACAGAAAAUUGCAAAUUCUCUGGAUGAAAGUACUCAAAGAUAUAUCAUUCCCAACAACAUUCUGUAUAAUGUAGUCAUAGCUGUGUUAUGCAAAUGUGGGAAGACUAGCGACGCAAGAAAAAUUAUCCGUGAUCUGUCGCAAAGGGGCUUCAAUCCAGAUGAGUUCACUUACUCUGCUCUUAUUCAUAGUGCUUCCAUAUCUGGAGCCGUCGAUGAAGCUUUUCUCUUACGGGAUGAGAUGCUGGAAAAGGGUCUUUCUCCAAAUAUAGUUACAUAUAAUGCUCUUAUAGAUGGCUUAUGUAAAUCUGGAAACCUUGAUCGUGCACUAAGGCUUUUGCAUAAACUUCACUCCAAGGGUUUAGUUCCAAACAUCAUCACCUAUAAUACUUUGAUUCAUGGAUGCUGUAAGAAUGGUAGAAUCAAUGAGGCCCUUAAGCUCAUGGGGAGAAUGACAAAGGAAGGGUUUGCUCCUUCAGCGAAAACCUAUUCUGCAUUUCUCAGUAGUUUCUCACAGCAGGGCAAUGUGGAAGAAUACCUGAAACUUUGUGAUGAAAUGCACAAAGCAGGAUUUCAGAAUGAGUUUACAAGAUAUUGCAGACCGUUUGAAGCUGAAGCUGUUGGUGCAUGAUAGAUGCUAAAAUAUAAUGCUGCUUAUUCAAUUGCUCUCUGUUAAAAAAGAAGGUAAGUUGACAGCAAGCUCAAGAUUUUGGUCAUCUUUUGCCCAUUGUCAAGCGCAACAUGAAACUUUCACCUCCGGCGUAUGAUUGAAAUGGGGAAUAAUAUCUUCUUCAGUAGCUGUAUUUUCAGAGAACAAACUGAAGGGAUUGAAAUCCAUAACAUAGUCUUUUGACUCAUAAGGCUAUCAAGUCGGGAAGUUAUGAACCAAUAUCCUCCUCAGAACAAGGAAAGAACACCUAAAGAGUUUGCUUCUUUUCUCCUGAGGUUCAGACAAAGGUCGACUCUAGACCAACGACUUGAUGAACAUUUGCCAAA